UACACGAGCCGGAGUUUUGGGCCUUUAUCGGGCUCAGCCUUUUUAUAGGCUCAAGUUUACGAUUUAUUUUUCUCCGGCAAUUUUUCUCUUCGAUCACUCUCCGGUCACUUCUCGCCUCUCCGAAUCAGAUCUUCGAGCCGUGUAGGAACUUGGGAGAGACAAGAUGGGUUUCAUAAUGGAAUUUGCGGAGAAUCUUGUUCUGAGAAUGAUGGAGGAUCCGAAGGAAAGGGACAGGAAAGCCAGGGAACACAUUUAUCAGAUGCAUGAUCGAUGCAAGAAGAUCAAGGAGAUGUGGGAAUUACCCAUUCGUCCUUACGGGUUCUGGACCUUUGAGCGCCACAAUGCUCAGCUCCGAUGGGAUCCUCAGAUCAGCCAGGCGCCUGGUCGAAGGGAUCCUUAUGACGAUCUCCUUCAGGAGAAUUACACUCCUGCUUCCUCCUCAGCCUCCAAGUCAAAAUGAUAGAAAAAAAAAAAGACGAAGCAGUAGACCGUCCGUCUGGUAAGUUUCGUUGGUUUGGUUCUUGAGAAGAAGCAGCAGCUUCGGUGCAACCCAAAAUAAAGACUUUGCUUUGUUUAUGGAUGAACAAAUAUCUUUUUAUUUCUUUGGUAAAGUUUGUUUCGGUUUUCAACUCA